AUGAGCGUUCGCGGCAUUAGCAAGUUCGACUAUAACCCUUUCGCAACAUGGACAUUCUGGGUGGGCAGCUCCACAAUUGCAUCUGUCCUCCUCAAUAUCUACGCACCGCGAUACACAGUUGCCCAAUCUCUUAAAUGGACAGCAGUCGCCCUCUUUCUCUGGCAGUGGUUGGUCUACUUGACAUACACCAUUGUCAUCUACCCGCGAUAUGUCUCACCUCUGCGCCAUCUACCCGAACCCGGUAAUAAUGCCUUCUUCAUGGGCCAGUGGUCUAAGAUUAUCAGAGAGCCCUCUGGCAUUCCAGCGCGCCAGUGGAUAAAUGAGAUACCUAAUGACGGUCUCAUACGAUAUCGCCACAUCUUCAACCGCGAUCGCCUCCUGGUCACAUCGCCCAAAGCUCUGGCUGAAGUCCUCGUUACAAAGUCCUACGACUUUGUUAAGCCAGACUUCGUCCAGACUGGCAUUGGACGGAUUUUGGGAAUUGGCGUGCUCUUCGCAGAAGGCGAUGAACACAAGAGGCAACGCAAGGCCCUUACACCCGCCUUCAGCUUUCGUCAUAUCAAGCAACUGUACCCCAUCUUCUGGAACAAGUCUGUAGAGAUGACCGAUGGGAUUGUCUCGGAAAGCCUAGGAUCCGAAAAACCAGCAGACCUGUCUUCAGCAUCUGCAAUCGAGAUUGGAGAAUGGGCAUCGAGAGCGACGUUGGACAUCAUUGGAGUGGCCGGCCUUGGUCAAGACUUCAAUUCCAUUGACAAUCCAAACACCGAUCUCAAUCGAAUCUAUCGGUCCAUAUUCUCGCCUUCUCGGACGGGUCAGAUCCUAGGACUGCUCCAGCUUUUCAUCCCAGCAUUUAUCGUCCAAAAUCUUCCCAUCAAACGGAAUGACGACGUCCAUGCAGCUUCCCGUGUCGCCCGGGAGACCUCGAUGCGUCUGAUUGAAGAGAAGAAGCGCGCCCUCGCAGCCAAGCAGGAGCUGCCACCAGAUAUCAUUUCAAUUGCACUCGAAUCAGGCGAAUUCACCAACGAGAAGCUCGUCGACAACAUGAUGACGUUCCUUGCCGCAGGCCAUGAAACGACAGCUUCGGCCCUUACGUGGGCACUAUACCUGAUGUGCAAGGUUCCCGGCACGCAAGAGAAGCUGCGCGCAGAGGUCCGCCGACACAUCCCGGAGCCAUCUUCGCAAAUCGUCUCCACCGAGAUCAUCGACAACAUGCCAUACCUGCAUGCCGUCUGUAACGAGACACUUCGCUUGUACGCACCAGUUCCGCUCACGCUUCGCGACACGCCUGCCCCCACCACCAUUCUUGGACAGUACGUUCCCCGCGGCACUAAAAUCAUCAUCUCCCCAUGGGCGGUCAACUACAGCAAAGAGCUGUGGGGUGAAGAUGCCGAGGAAUUCAAGCCGGAACGUUGGAUGGCGCCUGGUCAGGCAAAUGCCGGUGGCGCAAGUAGCAACUACAGUUUUCUGACUUUCUUGCACGGACCAAGAAGCUGCAUUGGUGAGAGAUUCGCCAAAGCAGAGUUGGCGGCGCUGCUCGGAGCGUUCGUGGGCAGGUUUGAGUUUGAGAUGAAGAACCCAGAGGAGCUUGAGCGCAUACAGAUCAAGGGAGGUGUGACAGCCCGGCCAAAGGACGGUCUCUGGCUCAGAGUGAGGGAGGUCGGCGGGUGGUGA